CGUGACAGACAAACAUACGUGUGGUGGUCUGACAAAUAUGUAGCUCCUCGUACUAAUGUAAGCAAUGUACCAUAUCCUUAAUUAAUUCCAAAUCCUAUCUAUGAAUUCCACUAUAAAAUCCCUCCUGAUUCUGCUUCUCAUUCCAUCUUCUCCUAAACUUUCCAUCAAUGGGCACUAAUCACCAUAACAGGUUUAGAUUAUCAGAUAUAAUCCCAAAUUCGUGGUUCUUUUACAAACCCAGCAGCAGGAAUAAGAACACUACAAAAACAAUAACAGCCCCCACGAUUUAUUCCCCAGAAAGUGACUACUGCUCUGCUUUCUCUGUUUCACCGAAGAGGAAGGCAGUAUACUUGCCUUCUCGAGAUCGAGGCCAUUUCAAACCUGCAAAAGAGUUUAGAGAGCCGUAUUAUUAUUCAAAGUCCAAGAAUGGAAGAAAGAAGAGAUCUUCAAGGGUAGUGGCGAUGGAGAAGGCGUCGGCCGAUCCGGAGAAGGAUUUCAGAGAGUCGAUGAUGGAGAUGAUCCUUGAGAAUGGGAUGAUGGAGGGGUCUGAUCGGGAGCUGGAAGAACUUCUUGCUUGUUAUCUUUCUUUGAACUCUCAUGAAUAUCAUCCUCUUAUUGUCAAGGCAUUUCAACAGAUAUGGGUAGACCUUCGACUUUAAUUUUUUUGUUGUGGAACCUUGGACUUCAUUUUGAUAAGUAGUUUAGUACUACUCCAUACCUAUUCAAAAAAAAUUUGCAUUAUUGUACAGUUUAAACUUUCAAUAUACUUAGACCAUCUCCAAUGAUAAAAUGUGCACGAUGCACACGUGGCAUGAGAAAUAGCCACACAAAUAUUAGUAAAUAAAUUCUUUAUCUCCUUAUUUGAAUAAUUUUAUACAGUUUUGGUAUGUUUUUCUCUACAAUUUCAAGGAGACCGUCUAGAUGUUUACAUUGUUGUUGACAUUGCAGGGAAAAACUUACCAAAAUUGUAUAAAAUCAUUCAAAUAAGGAGAGAGAUAAUUUAUUUGCUAAUAUUUAUGUGGCUAUCACUCAUGCCACAUGUGCACCGUGCACAUUAUAGCAUUGGAGAUGCUCUCCGUAUGUUUUUUAGAGUAGUCAAUUACAACACAGAUAUACCAAGUAUUACAUAGUACUCUCAAGUUACCACUUAC